AGUAUUUUCCGAAAUUAAAAAUGUGACCUUUAAUGUAGAAUGGAGUUUAUUUUUGGAAUUGAAAAAAACCUGUCAAAUGCAAAUAAAAAGAAAUUAAGUUACAAUGAUUUGUUAUCAACUGCUUCAGAUAUAAAAUUUGAAGUUAACAUAUUUAAAAAAAAAAAAAAAAAAGACGGCCAUGUCUCACCAAAACAACCUUGUUUUUUCAGACUCUGCCCUGAACGAAAACAUAAAAGAUUUUGGACUGAAGGCAGAUACAGACAAUUAUGGUGAUGAUCAGGGAGACGGGAAACAUGAACGAUCAGCAAUUGUUGCGAUGGAGGACGAAUUUGAUGGGGAAUUAAAGGAUGAGCCAGACAAAAAUGUACCACAAAAUGCUUACGUCAUGAAACGGAACUUCAUUCACAAGCUCAUGGACGUUGCUCUCUUAAUGGCGAACGUCUCUCAGCUAAAAGCCCUCGUUGCCUCUGGAAACAACCAGUAUUACUACCUACUGCUCACCUUUAUUUGUAUGUCGAUAGGACUUCAGUUGGUAUUCACAAUUUGUAUGCUUGUAAUAAGUGCCAUUGAGAAAACGCUGGAGGAAUAUCACCAACAAGAGUGCUUGCAAGAAUCAACAAGUCCUAAAAUGGAAAAGAAGAAAUGGCUUGCCGAUAUGCUUGACCGUGCUUCAAGUGUUCUUGUUCUCUUUAUCAUUGUAUCCAACGUGUUUAUCGCAGGCUUUGGUGUGGAAAGCCAAGGUCCAAACCAAUGAAGGUCUUGAAGCAACGCAUUAUAUAUAUACAAGUUUCUAGAAUUUUGAAAAAAAUCAUGUGAAUUCGCGAAAAGUUAAACAAAUGGUUUUCAUUGAAAACGCGUAUCUUAUUUGUUAAGUACAUUUUCCGGUAUAAGAACAAGAGAUAAAAACAGACUGUGUUGAUUAAUAACUUAUUUAUUGUCAUGAUUCUUUCGGACCGAUGCUCGAAUUUGGGACCAUAUUGCUGUAUGACUGUGUCACUUUGAACAUAUUACAAUUCAUAGUCUAAUUGAAAUACAUAUAAAAACAAAUGUGAUAAGCAAAUAUCUGUGAUAAAUUACAUAUAUUUAUAUAAAAAGCUUACAUGAUUGUAUUGAAUAAUUGUAUGGUACGAGGCACUUACUUAGGAGACUUCCUCACUCCUUGUUUAUACAGAGAUCAAAAUGUUUUGCAUGUAAAUGACUGAUGUGGUUUUGUUUGAUAUGUUUAAUGUUUAAUUGUAGUACAUGUAUACACGUAUAAAUUAUAUUCUUAACAUGUUGUCUUAGGAUUAUAUAGAUUUACAUAAAAAUAUGAUUGUUUAUUUAUUAUUAUUUUAUUUUUCUUGGUUAUUUUUGACUAUAAAAUGAUAAAAAAUG